UUCUCUCUUCAAUGGCUUCUUCCAAGCUCAUCUGUUUCAUAACAUUUUCAUCAUAUCUCCUUCUGCUUCCCUUCUUUGUCUCCCCAUCCUUUGCCGACAGCAAUGCAACCAGCCCAGUCUCACAGGGAACAAUGUGCAAGUCCACCCCGGAUCCUUCCUUCUGCAAAUCUGUGCUCCCCACCAAAUCCGCCAACGUGCAUGAAUAUGGCAGGUAUUCUGUCCGGAAAGCGUUGUCUCAAUCAGGCAAUUUUCUGAAAAUGGUGGACAAAUAUCUAAACCACAAGUCCUCCCUCACAAUAUCGGCAAUCCGGGUGCUUGAAGAUUGCCGGUUCCUCGCCGGACUCAACAUGGAUUUCCUCUUAACCUCGUUCCAAACAGUUAGCACGACGAAUCAAACACUUUCUAGCUGGAAAGCGGAGGACAUCCAAACACUACUUAGCGCCAUUUUAACCAACCAGCAAACUUGUUUGGAUGGCUUGCAAGCCACGGCGUCGGCUUGGAGCAUAAAAAAAGGCCUUGCGGUCCCCCUUUCGAAUGACACGAAGCUUUAUAGUGUCUCUCUUGCUCUCUUCACCAACGUUUGGGUGCCCAAGAGAAAGAAAUCCACGACGUGGCAGCCUACUCGGAAACAACGUGGCUUCCGACACGGACGCUUGCCGUUGAAAAUGUCUGGCCAGACACGUGCUAUUUACGAGUCGGUGAGCCGGAGAAAGCUACUUCAGUCCGGCAGUGGCGACGAGGUUUUGGUGUCUGACAUCGUGGUCGUGAGUCCAGAUGGAAGUGGAAACUUCUCCACCAUCAAUGACGCCAUAGCUGCGGCUCCGAACAAUUCUAAAUCCAGCGAUGGCUACUUCUUGAUCUAUGUCACGGCGGGUGUUUACCAAGAGUAUGUGUCCAUUGGGAAGAACAAGAAGUAUUUGAUGAUUGUAGGAGAUGGCAUCAAUCAGACAAUCAUCACCGGCAACCGGAGCGUCAUUGAUGGGUGGACAACUUUCAAUUCAGCAACAUUUGCUGUGGUGGCGCCGGGGUUUGUGGCCGUGAACAUAACAAUCCGAAACACAGCCGGCGCAAUCAAGCACCAGGCAGUGGCGCUUCGAAACGGGGCUGAUUUAUCAACAUUUUACAGCUGCAGCUUUGAAGCUUACCAAGACACCCUUUACACACAUUCUCUCAGGCAAUUCUACAGAGAGUGUGACGUAUACGGCACCGUCGAUUUCAUAUUCGGUAACGCCGCGGUCGUCUUCCAAAACUGUAACUUAUAUCCCCGGCUGCCGAUGACCGGACAGUUCAACGCCAUCACCGCACAAGGUAGGACGGACCCAAAUCAGAACACCGGCACAUCAAUCCAUAACUGUACAAUUAGAGCCGCCGAUGAUCUGGCUUUGAGCAAUGGGACUACUCAGACGUACUUGGGAAGGCCAUGGAAGGAGUAUUCGAGAACUGUUUAUAUGCAGACUUCAAUGGGUAGUUUGGUAAAUCGUGCUGGUUGGAUGGCGUGGAAUGCGACUUUCGCGCUGAGCACUUUGUAUUAUGCUGAGUAUAAUAACACCGGACCCGGAUCGAACACUACGAACAGAGUGGCGUGGCCGGGUUACCAAGUGAUUAACGCCACCGACGCCAGUAAUUUCACGGCGGCGAACUUCUUGCUAGUUGAUGACUGGUUGCCUCAGGCGGGAGUGCCUUACACUGGUGGCUUUAUGUGA